AUGACAAUGGAUAAAGGAAAUCACUCAGUUUUAGCUGACUUUGAACUGCUGGGAUUCACAGAUAACCCUCAAAUGCAGCUCCCUCUUUUUUUGAUGUUCCUAUUGAUUUAUAUUGUCACCAUAAUAUGGAAUCUUGGAAUGAUUGUGUUAAUCUGUGGUGAAUCUCAACUUCACAAUCCCAUGUAUUUUUUCCUGGGUAACUUGUCCUUUGUUGACCUCUGCUACUCCUCAGUUAUUGCCCCCAAAAUGCUCUCUGACCUUUUAAGUAAGAGUAAAAGGAUUUCAUAUAAUGCCUGUGCUAUACAGAUGUAUACAUUUGGAUUUCUUGCAGAUGUAGAGUGUCUUUUGUUGGCUGUGAUGGCUUAUGACAGGUAUGUGGCUAUCUGCAACCCACUACUCUAUACAGUUAUUAUGUCCAAAAAGGUCUGCAAACACUUGAUGGCUGUAGCAUACCUUGUAGGCAUGGUGGAUUCAAUGAUACACACCUGCAAUACAUUCCGACUAUCAUUUUGUAGAUCCAAUGUCAUAAAUCAUUUCUUCUGUGACAUACCUCCCCUCCUGGCACUUUCCUGCUCUGAUACCUACGUCAAUGAGAUUGUGAUGUUUGCCUUCAUUGGUUUUAUUAUAGGAAGCAGCAUUGGAAUGAUUCUUGUUUCCUAUACUUACAUCUUGAGCACAAUCAUGAGAAUGUCCUCUGCUGAAGGUAGACAGAAAGCUUUUUCCACCUGUGCCUCUCACAUAACAGCUGUAGGGAUAUUCCAUGGAACAAUGCUGUUUAUGUAUUUUCGACCCAGCUCCAGUUACUCAUUGGAUCAAGAUAAAUGGGUGUCCAUGUUCUACACUGUAGUGAUCCCCAUGCUCAACCCUUUGAUCUACAGUCUGAGGAAUAAUGAUGUGAAAAAAGCCUUAAUGAGAGUAAUUCAAAAGCUUAAGUGUAUCUGCACCAUCUGA